CGACGGUUAUAGCUAGGAGGUAGCGAGGAUUAUAGCAUCGGCUUUGCCAUUUUAAAUACUACCGGCACAUUCAGCAAGAAUCGACAGCGUCGAAAAUCCACUUGAGUCAAUCAUUCAUCUUGCAGUAGAUUUUUUUUGUAUAAUUUUCCGGAUCAUGCUGAAGUCAGAAGGAAAACGCAUAGCAGAAAACCAUCAUUUGCCUUGAGCCGCGCUGCAGUGCCAUCACUCUGCCUCUGUCCUAUUGGAUUUCAACAGCAGAUCGAUCUACAAAACCACACCGCAUUGGGUUAUAACUGGGAUUUUCUCUCUUUUGUCGCGGUUAAGUAUAACGGUUUAGUAUAACGGAAGUUAGUGGUUUGCAGAGGACUGAAUUAUAGUUAAACUGGGAUGGACAAUGCCCAUACAAAGACGGUUGAGGAGGUGCUGGGAUACUUCGGUGUCAAUGAAACAACAGGACUGAGCUCUGAGCAAUUAAGGAAAAGCAGGGAAAGAUGGGGCACCAAUGAGUUACCUGCAGAAGAAGGGAAGUCACUAUGGGAACUUGUUCUGGAGCAGUUUGAAGAUCUGCUUGUUCGGAUUCUCCUUCUUGCGGCCUGUAUUUCCUUUACUCUGGCCUGGUUUGAGGAAGGUGAAGGAACCAUUACAGCCUUCGUAGAGCCAUUUGUCAUCCUCCUCAUUCUUAUUGCCAAUGCCAUUGUAGGAGUGUGGCAGGAGCGUAAUGCAGAAAAUGCCAUCGAAGCCCUAAAACAGUAUGAGCCGGAGAUGGGGAAAGUGUACAGACAAGACAGGAAGAGUGUACAGAGGGUCAGAGCCAGGGACAUUGUGCCUGGAGACAUUGUGGAGGUGGCUGUUGGUGAUAAAGUCCCAGCAGAUAUCCGACUUACCUCCAUACGCUCUACUACUCUGAGAGUGGACCAGUCCAUCCUGACAGGGGAGUCUGUAUCCGUAAUAAAACACACAGACCCAGUGCCUGACCCCCGUGCCGUCAACCAGGAUAAGAAAAACAUGCUCUUUUCUGGGACGAAUAUUGCGGCAGGACGAGCGAUAGGUGUUGUAGUGGCAACAGGUGUACACACAGAGAUCGGGAAGAUCAGAGAUGAGAUGGCGGCCACCGAUCCAGAGAGAACCCCUCUGCAGCAGAAACUAGACCAGUUUGGAGAGCAACUCUCUAAGGUGAUCACAUUGAUCUGUGUGGCGGUGUGGGGCAUUAACAUCAGUCACUUCAGUGACCCAGUGCACGGAGGCAGCUGGCUGCGUGGAGCUGUGUACUACUUUAAAAUCGCCGUCGCUCUGGCUGUAGCCGCCAUCCCUGAGGGUCUUCCUGCCGUCAUCACCACGUGCCUGGCGCUUGGCACACGCCGCAUGGCCCGCAAAAAUGCUAUAGUCCGUUCCCUCCCAUCUGUAGAGACCCUUGGCUGCACCUCCGUCAUCUGCUCUGACAAAACAGGCACUCUUACCACCAACCAGAUGUCUGUCUGCAGGAUGUCUAUUGUGGACAUCGUGGCAGGUGAGAGGUGUUUACUGAACGAGUUUACAAUAACUGGAUCUACUUACGCCCCUGAAGGAGAAGUGUAUAAGGACGGUGUACCGGUACGCUGCAGUCAGUAUGAAGGGCUGGUGGAAAUGGCCUCUAUCUGUGCCCUAUGUAACGACUCUUCGCUGGAUUACAAUGAGAGUAAAGGGGUUUAUGAGAAAGUAGGAGAAGCGACUGAGACGGCACUCUGUUGUCUGGUGGAGAAGAUGAACGUGUUUGACACAGACCUGAAGGGCCUCGCACCUACUGAAAGAGCCACUGCCUGCUGUUCAGUCAUAAAGCAGCUAAUGAGGAAAGAGAUGACUCUGGAGUUUUCUCGAGACAGGAAGUCCAUGUCUGUUUUCUGCUCUCCAAACAAACUCACUCGCUCUGCUUCAGGUGCCAAGAUGUUUGUCAAGGGGGCACCAGAGAGUGUACUGGAGCGUUGCCGCUGGAUACGGGUAGGAGGUGGUACACGGGUGCCAAUGAGCUCUGACCUAAGAGAGCAGCUCUUAAGCACAGUAAGAGAGUGGGGCUCGGGACGUGAUACACUACGCUGCCUCGCCAUGGCAACCAGGGAUUCACCCCCUGACCCUCGAACCCUGAAUUUAGAGAACUCUGCAACCUUCUCAGAAUAUGAGUCGGACUUGACAUUCGUGGGCUGUGUGGGAAUGUUAGAUCCACCCAGGAAGGAAGUGCUGAGUGCAGUGCGUAUGUGCAGACAGGCUGGCAUACGGGUCAUUAUGAUCACAGGCGACAAUAAGGGCACUGCCCUGUCAAUCUGUCGUCGAGUGGGCAUCAUCACUGAGCAGGAGGAAGAGGAGGCUGAAGGUGGGCCGUAUGGCAGCGGCCUCACAGGACGUGAGUUUGAUGAGCUGCCUCCCCACCUGCAGCGGGAGGCCUGCCGCACCGCCCGCUGUUUCGCCCGCGUCGAACCAACUCACAAGAGCCGCAUUGUGGAAUAUUUGCAAAGCCUAAACGAUAUUACAGCUAUGACGGGUGAUGGUGUGAAUGAUGCCCCUGCUUUGAAGAAGGCUGAGAUUGGCAUUGCUAUGGGCUCAGGCACGGCUGUGGCUAAAUCUGCUUCAGAGAUGAUCUUGGCAGAUGAUAACUUUUCAACCAUUGUGGCCGCAGUGGAGGAGGGCCGAGCCAUUUACAACAACAUGAAACAGUUCAUCCGUUACCUCAUUUCUUCUAACAUUGGAGAGGUAGUCUGUAUUUUCCUCACAGCUGCUUUGGGAAUGCCUGAGGCUCUGAUCCCAGUCCAGUUGCUGUGGGUCAAUCUGGUGACUGAUGGCUUCCCAGCUACUGCUCUUGGCUUCAACCCACCUGACCUGGACAUCAUGUCCCGUCCCCCACGCUCCCCUAAAGAACCACUCAUUUCUGGUUGGCUCUUCUGCAGAUACCUUAUCAUUGGCUGUUAUGUAGGGGCCGCAACAGUUGGAGCUGCUGCCUGGUGGUUCAUGGCAGCUCAUGAUGGACCAAAGCUCAACUACUACCAACUGUCUCACUAUCUGCAGUGCAGUGAAGGUCAUGCUGAGUUUGCAGGAGUGCAGUGCUCAGUGUUCGAGUCUCCAUACCCCAUGACUAUGGCCCUAUCCGUGCUGGUCACUAUAGAGAUGUGCAAUGCCCUCAACAGUUUGUCAGAAAAUCAGUCUCUACUCAAGAUGCCACCAUGGUCAAACCCCUGGCUGGUGGGAGCCAUCUGUCUCUCCAUGGCCCUACAUUUCCUCAUCUUAUAUGUGGACCCUCUUCCUGUCAUAUUUCAGAUCAGGCCGUUGUCUUGGCCUCAGUGGGUGACUGUUCUGAAGAUGUCUCUGCCUGUUAUUUUGAUGGAUGAAGCCCUGAAGUUCUUGGCCAGAAACUACAUAGAGCCUGGCAAUGAGUUGCUGCUGGACGAGGACGGAAAUGCUACCAGGGGAGUGAUUGGCAAACUGCAGCGGGCAUUUAGGGGUGUGUCCUGGUCAUUUGUGCUCAUCUCUGCCCCAUUGCUGGUCUGGAUCUUCAGCCUGGACUCAGACAUAACCAAUAUCUUCUGGGAUUAGAAAGAAGGAGUAUGUGUGAGAGUCUAUGUGUGUGUGAGUAUGUCUGAGUCAGAGAGGCAGACAGAAAAGUGGAUGAUAUACAGAAGCAGUGUAUGCAUCUAAUGUAGAACGAAUUUUGUGCUCAACAUGAAAAACAGUAUGAAUGAAAAGUUACGGAGCCACUAAAGGGAUAUGGUGAAGGAAAAAAAUAUGAGACGGGAGGAAAAAUUAUAUGUCCGUGCUUUUGUUUUCUCUUGCAAAAUAUUUGCGUUCCCCUGAGAAACUUUGCGUUCGCUCACAAAGAACACAAAAGUUUUGCGAGUGAACACAAAGUUCCCCAGGGAAUAGAGCUGUCAAAAGUACCGACUUCGGUACCUAUCGGUACUGAAAUUUUAAAAAUGUGACGCUUUGAGCGCUGUUGAGCGGAUUCGUAAACCUCUGAUUGGCCAUUGUGUUCACACGCUCAUCAGAUAUGUCUAUGAUUGGCUACAAUGAUCAACGCAUGGAUUGAAAGCGUUUUGAAAGCACGUUUGGGAGCGUUUGAAAGCAGGCGUCUGUCAGCGGACUGGUCCGAAAUAGACACCUGCUUUCAAACGCUCCCAUGUGUGUCUGUGUAAGCGCUCGGUGAAGAGCGUCUAUUGAUGACAUAUCCGAUGAGCCGUGAACACAAUGGCCAAUCAGAGGUGUUUACGUUUACAUUUUUAAAAUUUCAGUACCGACUAGGUACCGAAGUCAGUACUGACAACAUUACCAGGGAACGCAAAACACUUGCCAAUGGAAAGCAAAAGCAUUUAAACAUAUUUUUGCCUCCCACCUCAUAAUUUUUCCAUCACCAUGUAAAGGAGCUCCGUAAAAGUUAGAGCAGGACCAGGACAAUCACAGAUAAAUGAAUGCUGGGAAAAGCUAGGGGCAGAGGGAGAAAAAUUAAAUUCAGUCUUAUAAAAUGGCAAGUGAUGUGCUUAUGACCAACUACUUCAGCCUUCCAUGUGUCACUGGUUUUGCAUUUUUUUUUUUUUUUUAAUUAUUUAUUUUUUGAAAAUGAGUUGAAAAUGCACAUAUGUCUGUAUUACUUUAGGCCUGAAAUUUUAAUACAAUUUUAAUUUUAGCUAUUUUUAUUUAUUUAUUUUUUAAUUAGUUGCCUUUUAAAGGUUAUACUUGUGUAAUUUUUGUAUUACUAACGUCACCAAACGGAAAUGCCAUAUGUUUGCUUAAUCAGCCCGAACGGGUGAGACAUAACAACUAACCAUUAGCAUGAAUUUAGCAGCACUAUCCCUUUGACUGACCUAUCAAACACAGUGGAAACUUUGUUUGGUGCUGCUAUUGCCACAGAAAUGACACACUUUCCCUAAAGAAAUAUGGCUAAAACACCCCACAACCAUUGCAAUUAUCUGUCAAAGAAUUUUUCCAUGAUAAAUCACAUUUUAACCACAUUCUGCCACAUACAUUCAAAUGUUUGUUGGGCCUUAGCCAUUUUUAUUAAAUGUUUAGAGGUUAUUAAGAGGUUUAGAGGUUUUUAAGUCAAAGGGAAUUGGAAAAGUAAAUAUCCCAGGAAGAGAUUUCAAAAAUGACUUUUUUUUUUUUUUUUUAAAUACCAAGUUCCGUAAGUUAUUUGUUUAACAUUACUUCACUUGUGCUUGGGGUAAAAUACUCUUUUUUUUAGCAGCAUACAAUACUCUUGUUUCCGGUGUUUUAUAUUUACUACUUCUUUGGUACCAUUUUUUUUUUUAUCAAGUCACAAUGUCAAUCAUCUCUAUUUUGGCAUGCCAUUCAUUUUAAUUUCCUCAAAUUCCCACACUCCAAGGGAUGUGACCAAAAAAAAAAAAAAAAAAAAACCUUUAAGUAUCUUACCUGGAACAUUUCCUCGUCAUUUUUGAAGAUUUUUUUAUUUGGAUACGCCAGCUUAUACCAUGAGUAAUUUAAACUGGUCAUACAAGUCCCAUAGCAUGCGGUGUCACAUUUCAUUCCCUUUUUUAGGGGGUUGGGGUUUUGGAACUUUCACGCUCACGUUGAAUCAUUACUUUCAAAAUGACAGUGGGGAUUUUUACAGAUAUUUUCAUUGUGACUGUUUUGUUUUUUAUUCAUGCUUGUAUGGCAGGGAAUGUUGUUUUGUCUGCCUUUAUCCUUUAAUACGACUCUUGUUUCCCAUGAGUCUGACCAGCUACUAUUCAUUGGGGACAAUUUAUUGCUUAUUAAGACCAAACAUUAUAUCAGGUGUCCAGUUAUCAUACUACGCUUAUCAGAUGGAUGCUGAAAACGUUUGGCAAUAACAUCUGUAAUUGAUCAGAGCCCAAAAAAGAAAGUUUCAGGAUCGGUUGUUGUUAAGAACAGAGCGAUUAAGGUUUCCAUUUCCAUACUAAGAUGUCAAGUUCUCGGGGGGGGG